AUGGGUGCACUGAGUAUUCACAUCGCGGAGCCAGCUCCUCACAUGCUUCCCCAAGCUUUGAGCAACACUGGUUCGAGACUCUCUCAUGACACCCUCGAGGCUUACGCGCGAAGGGCGCCCAUCCGUGUCGACUCUGGCGCAUCCUUCCUCAGCCGACCUUACACGGGCUCCGAGCCUGAUAUUGACAAGGUUGAAACCGACAGCUCUACGGUCAUCGUUGAACGUACGCCUCGUUACACACUGUUUGCUAGGUUCCGGGAUAGGCCUGUUCCCCGUGGACUGCAAAGCGCCAGUCUUCCCAUCCUCCCCCACAUCGGUACCGAAAGGAACGAGGCUGCGCCCAGAGUUGAUUUCCAGGCGAACCACCGCUUGAGUUUCAAUGUCGAUAGAGAAUGGGCCCAAAUUAUGAGCCAUCCUGGUCAGGCUGAGCCGCUGUUCACCAACCAGUUCACAGCCUCCCCGAUCUCCUCCGCCGACAACACCGAGCCUCCGAGUCCUGAAGCCUUGACUAGAGCGCCAAGCCAGUUGGCUACAGAGUCAGUUACUGCAGAAGAACUCAAGAGGGCAGAGUAUGAAGCUUCUGUUAAUAGAACUCGUCGCCGUUGCGUUCUUGAGGAGCUCAUCCUUACGGAAUGGGGCUACGUGAGGGAUCUUCGUUACCUCGUUAAUGUAUAUUUUGCGUCUCUCGGGCACACUACGUUUGUCAUCAGCCGUCACAAGCAAGCUCUCGAGCGCAACACAAGGGAGAUCCUGGCCAUGCACGAACGCAUUCUCUCCGCCCUGACGGAACACUUCCCCGAACUGAAGGGCCAGGUCGUUGCCUUGCAGCCACCCAGCAGAGAAAUCCUCGAGAGCGGCGAGGGUGCCCACAUGAUCGCCAGGAUCCUGAGUGACACGUCUCUCAACUUCUUGGUGUACGAACCUUAUUGCACAUACCAAGAAAAAGCCCAAAAACUCCUCGACCGCUACGAGAGGCUCCCCAACUUCGACGAAUGGGAAGCCAGUUCCUGUGCGAUCCUCGAGAGUCUCGUCGAAUCUGCGGAUUCCGGAACCAAAGCAAAGAAAACCUCAUGUCCCAAGGGCAGGCGUGCUAUGACCCUCCGUGACUUGAUGGCAAAGCCGUAUCAGAGGAUCAUGAGGUACCCCAUGCUCCUCGCCGACGUCGCCAAGCACAUGACGCCCGAGGACAGCGAAGCUGGGUAUUGUGCCGUGAAUGAAGCUAUGAUGAAGCUUAGGGGCGUUAUCGAAUACCUGGAGAUGAAGAAGAAGGAGAAGGAUGAGGCGAAGAAGGAGGGCCUGGUUAGGAAGUUGAGUCGCCGUGUGAGCUCCGGCGUGAGCUUGAAACUGAGUUUGACGAGUAAGUUCAUCCCUGGCCACUCAAGGUCCAUGAGCCUUGGGUAG